CCGCGCCGCGCCCCGCACGCCCAGCAGGGUCUCGCCUUUUCCUCCUUCCGCACAGUCUGGGUUUCCGCUUCCCUCCCGGCGCGGGCUGAGAGGCUGAGAGGCCGAGCCUCUGCCCUGCACCUCCGCCAUGUGGCCCUCAGACCCGGACCCCGAACCGGACCCCGAGUCCCCUGGUGGCGCCCGCGCCCGCGCCGCGGCCCCGGGGCUCCGCGCGCUGCUGCCGGCGCGCGCCUUCCUCUGCUCCACCAAAGGCCGCCUCCUGCUGGCCGAGUCGGGUCUCUCAUUCAUCACCUUCAUCUGCUAUGUGGUAUCCUCAGCAUCUGCCUUCCUCACAGUACCUCUGCUGGAGUUCCUGCUGGCCCUCUACUUCCUCUUUGCUGAUGCCAUGCAGCUGAAUGACAAGUGGCAGGGCUUGUGCUGGCCCAUGAUGGACUUUCUGCGCUGUGUCACGGCUGCCCUCAUCUACUUCGUCAUCUCCAUCACAGCCGUUGCGAAAUACUCAGAUGGGUCUUACAAAGCAGCCGGGGUUUUUGGCUUCCUUGCCACCAUUGUGUUUGCAGUUGACUUCUACCUGAUCUUUAAUGAUGUGGCCAAAUUCCUGAAGCAAGGAGACUCCGCAGAUGAGACUACAGCCCGCAGGACAGAAGACAAUUCCAACUCAGAUUCGGACUCCGACUGAAGGCCUGCCCAGGCUGGCAAUGUACCCACCCACGGUGCCUUACACCUCUGCCUUCCUACCAAGGCUGCUGAGUGCCCAGGGACCGUGGAUGUGGGAGGGGGGCUGCCCACGCAGGCCUCCUCCCAGCCUCCAGAUGACACUCAGGAGCCCAUGGACACGUGUGCCCUCUUGGAUUCGUUAUUGAACCACUAUGUGUGGCCACCAUGAGUCUCCCACCUCCCACUUGUGUUCCACAGUUCUUUCACCCUUUAGCCUCAUACCCAAGAGGCAGGUGACACUGUAGACAUGGCCAUUUCAGGCCAUGGUGUGCACUGUAGGGUGGGGGCUGUGUACAAAAGCACAGUGGGCCCCAUACGCCAGGCCCUGGUGGUCUCUGUACAUGGUGGGCCCCUGCCCAUGCUGGCAUUUGGUUGAGAACAACCCCUCCAGGAAUCUUUGUUCAAAGAGCACAAGUUGCCUUCUCAUCGUGGAGGGAGCAAAGGACCUUGGUCCCCCUGCAUACCAUGUCUUCCAUUUUGGGUCUAUGACCAAUUCAGAGACCAUCCUAUAGACCUACUUGCCAGAGCCAACAGAGGGAGCCAACCAGCACAGGGCAGUGACUGGCAUGGGCUGCUGGGCAGGCCCAGCAGAGCCCUCUUCCUGGGGACAAGAGCCCUUGGAACCCUGAAGACAAUGUGCUUCCUCUGGACCCCAGGGCAGUGCCACUGACCUCCUCACAAAAGAUAAGACGAUUUCUUCUUCCUGUGUUCACUGAGGAAUUUAUACUGUGUAUGUUAUCUUUAUGGGAUUUUGUACCUUUUAUAUAUUUUUUAUAUGAAAUGAGCUUUUAAGGAGCGGUAUUUUCUGUGACCCCCAAAGGCCUUGUGAAUGAGCCAAAGUCUGGGCCCAAGUUUUGGGCAUCUGUGGCCUUAUUAUUAUCUUGCAUGUGAAUGCCUUGACCUGGAAAAAAAUGCCAUAAUAGAUUAAAGCAGACUGACUACCUG